UCUCUCUCUAACCCUUUGAGCUUCACAGGAGGUUAAAAAGGCUGCAGGAAAGUCUUACAGGGAAGAAAUCCAGAGGAGGCCCUCGACACACAAACUGGAAGCCAUUUGUAGGUCCUCGUGUACAGACAAAAUUCUUUCUUGGGCAAAGAGGGCUGAAUGUCCGGCUGUGGUCAUUCCUGUGGCUACAGGAAGAGUCCUAUGAAUGAAAAGGCAUUUGGAGAGCCACAAGAUUCCUUGCACCCCUUUGGAGUUGCCUUACAGGACAGAGAAAAAAUGGAGACACAAUCCUUAGCAAGUGAGGGAACUGGAGAAGGCCCUUCUGCUGUUCAGCCUGGGAGCUGUGGGGAGAUCUGGGCAAGAAUUGGGCAGAAGAUCUUGGAAAAGGAAACCAUCCGUUCAGAAGUUCAGCCCCAGAACUUCAAGAGCAUCCAAUACCAGGAGGCUGAGGGUCCCCGAGGACUUUGCAGCCGUCUCCACUACUUUUGUAGUCAAUGGUUGAGACCAGAAAAGCAUACAAAAGCACAGAUGCUGGACCUGGUUGUUCUGGAACAGUUCCUGGUCCUUCUGCCCUUGCAGAUGCAGAGCUGGGUGCGGGAGUGCGGAGCAGAGACCAGCUUCCAGGCGGUAGCCCUGGUGGAAGGCUUCCUCCUGAGCCAGGCGGAGGAGCAGAAGGAGCAUGUCGAGGUGCAGUCAUUCACUGUGGACAUCAGAGAUCCUGAGGGAAGAAGGAAUCCAUCCAGUCCCUGUCAGGAGCUGUCUUUCAGGAGGAUCUGUCAGGAAGAUCAAAGUCAGGACACCUCAGGUGGGAAGACUGGAACGAAGUUGUCCGCUCUUUCUGGUGGAGCUGAAACAGUGGCUGAACCUCCAGCUCAAGAGGGUUUUGUGUCCUUCGAGGAGGUGGCUGUGUAUUUCUCCGAGGAGGAGUGGUCUCAACUGCAUCCUCGCCAAAAAGCGCUGCAUUGGGAAGUCAUGCUGGAAAAUUAUCUCAACGUGGUCUCUCUGGGUGAUCAUGGCUAUGAGAAUAAAGAUUCCAGUGAAAAAUUCCAAAUCAUCAGGCGUGGAGGCGGAAAGGACAAGGAACUAGAGUUGCAACUAGGAAGACAUGAGAUUAACCAGUCAAAUAGUUGGAAUCAGGAAAGCUCAUCUUCCAUGGAUGCUGAGACGCAAGGCUUUCUUGCCCAACAAGGAAAUAUAAAGAAAACGUAUAAGGGAAAAAGUGUAAGACUAUUAAAAGACAAAUUAGUUGUAAAUGAACACUCUCCAACCGAAACCAAAGGAGAAGGUUAUAUAUCCAGAGACGAUGGAAAAAAUCACGAUUGGACUUUCACUGUUUCCUGUGAAAAUGGGUCUCUUACAUCUCAUAAAACGAUCCACACAGGGGAGAAACCAUAUAAGUGCAUGGAGUGUGGAAAGACUUUUACUCAAAACAGUAAACUUACUUCCCAUAAACGAAUCCACACAGGGGAGAAGCUAUCUAAAUGCAUGGAGUGUGGAAAGAGCUUCUGUGAAAAUACAUCUCUUAUGAGACAUAAAAGGAUCCACACAGGGGAGAAACCACAUGAAUGCAUGGAAUGUGGAAAGACUUUCAGAAUAAUCAGUCAACUUAUUGUCCAUAAAAGGAUUCACACAAGGGAGAAGCCUUAUAAAUGCAUGGAGUGUGGAAAGAGAUUCAGUCAUAGUAAUUCACUUACUUACCAUAAAAGGAUUCACACAGGGGAGAAACCAUAUAAGUGCUUCGAGUGUGGAAAGAGCUUUCGUACUAGGAGUGAACUUACUUCCCAUAAAAGGAUCCACACAGGGGAGAAACCAUAUAAAUGCAUGGAGUGUGGAAAGACUUUUCGUCAAAACAGUAAUCUUACUUCCCAUCAUAAAAGAAUCCACACAGGGGAGAAGCCAUAUCAGUGCAUGGAGUGUGGAAAGAGGUUCUGUGAAAAUACAUCCCUUAUGAGACAUAAAAGGAUCCACACAGGAGAGAAACCACAUGAAUGCAUGGAGUGUGGAAAGACUUUCAGGAUAAGCAGUCAACUUAUUGCCCAUAAAAGGAUUCACACAAGAGAGAAGCCUUAUAAAUGCAUGGAGUGUGGAAAGAGAUUCAGUCAUAAUAAUUCACUUACUUCCCAUAAAAGGAUUCACACAGGGGAGAAACCAUAUAAAUGUAUGGAGUGCGGAAAGAGCUUCUGUGAAAAUACAUCCCUUAUAAGUCAUAAAAGGAUCCACACAGGGGAGAAGCCAUAUAAGUGCAUCGACUGUGGAAAGAGCUUUCGUACUAGGAGUGAUCUUAUUUCCCAUAAAAGGAUCCACACAGGGGAGAAACCAUAUAAAUGCAUGGAGUGUGGAAAGACUUUUCGUCAAAACUGUAAUCUUACUUCCCAUCAUAAAAGAAUCCACACAGGGGAGAAGCCAUAUCAGUGCAUGGAGUGUGGAAAGAGCUUUACUACUAGCAGUGAUCUUACUUCCCAUAAAAGGAUCCAUACAGGGGAGAAACCAUAUAAAUGCAUGGAGUGUGGAAAGAGCUUUACUACUAGCAGUCAUCUUACUUCCCAUAAAAGGAUCCACACAGGGGAGAAACCAUAUAAAUGCAUGGAGUGUGGAAAGAGCUUUACUACUAGCAGUCAUCUUACUUCCCAUAAAAGGAUCCACACAGGGGAGAAACCAUAUAAAUGCAUGGAGUGUGGAAAGAGCUUUACUACUAGCAGUCAUCUUACUUCCCAUAAAAGGAUCCACACAGGGGAGAAACCAUAUAAAUGCAUGGAGUGUGGAAAAAGAUUUACUACUAGCAGUCAUCUUACUUCUCAUAGGAGGAUCCACACAAGGGACAAACCAUAUGAAUGCAUCGAGUGUGGAAAGAGCUUCAGGACAAGCAGCCAACUUAUUGCCCAUAAAAGGAUCCACACAGGGGAGAAGCCAUUUAAAUGCAUGGAGUGUGGAAAGAGCUUCAGUCAUAGUAAUUCCCUUACUUCCCAUAAAAGGAUCCACACAGGGGAGAAGCCAUUUAAAUGCAUGGAGUGUGGAAAGAGCUUCAGUCAUAGUAAUUCCCUUACUUCCCAUAAAAGGAUCCACACAGGGGAGAAGCCAUUUAAAUGCAUGGAGUGUGGAAAGAGCUUCAGUCAUAGUAAUUCCCUUACUUCCCAUAAAAGGAUCCACACAGGGGAGAAACCAUAUAAAUGCAUGGACUGUGGAAAGACUUUUACUCAAAACGGUAAACUUACUUCCCAUAAAAGGAUUCACACAGGGGAGAAGCCAUAUAAAUGCAUGGAGUGCGGAAAGAGCUUCAGUCAUAGCUAUUCCCUUACUUCCCAUAAAAGGAUCCACACAGGGGAGAAACCAUAUAAAUGCAUGGAGUGUGGAAAGAGCUUCAUUCAUAGUUAUUCCCUUACCUCCCAUAACAGGAUCCACACAGAGGAGAAACCAUAUAAAUGCAUGGAGUGUGGAAAGAGCUUCAGUCAUAGUAAUUCCCUUACUUCCCAUAACAGGAUCCACACAGGGGAGAAACCAUAUAAAUGCAUGGAGUGUGGAAAGAGCUUCAGUCAUAGUAAUUCCCUUACUUCCCAUAACAGGAUCCACACAGGGGAGAAACCAUAUAAAUGCAUGGAGUGUGGAAAGAGCUUCAGUCAUAGUAAUUCCCUUACUUCCCAUAACAGGAUCCACACAGGGGAGAAACCAUAUAAAUGCAUGGAGUGUGGAAAGACUUUUACUCAAAACAGUAAUCUUACUUCCCAUAAAAGAACCCACACAGGGGAGAAGCCAUAUAAAUGCUUGGAGUGUGGAAAGAGCUUCUGUGAAAAUACAUCCCUUAUGACACAUAACAGGAUCCAUACAGGGGAGAAACCAUAUGGCUGCAUGGAGUGUGGAAAGAGCUUCAGAAGAAGCAGUCAUCUUAUUCUCCAUAAAAGGAUCCACACAGGGGAGAAGCCAUAUAAGUGCAUGAAGUGUGGAAAGAGGUUCAGUCAUAGUAAUUCCCUUAUUUACCAUAAAAGGAUUCACAUAGGAGAGAAACCAUAUAAAUGCAUGGAGUGUGGAAAGACCUUCAGCCAACUCAGUAAUCUUACUUCCCAUAAAAGGAUCCAUACAGGGGAGAAGCCAUAUAACUGCACGGAGUGUGGAAAGAGCUUUGCUCACAAGGAAAAUCUGAAUACCCAUAAAAGAAUCCACACAGGGGAGAAGCCAUAUAAAUGCAUGGAGUGUGGAAAGAGCUUCUGCGAAAGUACAUCCCUUAGAAGGCAUAACAGGAUCCACACAGGGGAAAAACCACAUGAAUGCAUGGAGUGUGGAAAGAGCUUCAGAAGAAGCAGUCAUCUUAUUGUCCAUAAAAGGAUCCACACAGGGGAGAAGCCAUAUAAGUGCAUGGAGUGUGGAAAGACUUUUACUCAAAACAGUAAUCUUUCUUACCAUAAAAGUAUCCACACAGGGGAGAAGCCAUAUAAAUGCAUGGAGUGUGGAAAGAGCUUCAGAAGAAGCAGUCAUCUUAUUGUCCAUAAAAGGAUCCACACAGGGGAGAAGCCAUAUAAGUGCAUGGAGUGUGGAAAGACUUUUACUCAAAACAGUAAUCUUUCUUACCAUAAAAGUAUCCACACAGGGGAGAAGCCAUAUAAAUGCAUGGAGUGUGGAAAGAGCUUUCGUACUAGGAGUGAACUUACUUCCCAUAACAGGAUCCACACAGGGGAGAAGCCAUAUAAAUGCAUGGAGUGUGGAAAGACUUUUACUCAAAACAUGGAGUGUGGAAAGAGCUUUCGUACUAGGAGUGAACUUACUUCCCAUAACAGGAUCCACACAGGGGAGAAGCCAUACAAGUGCAUGGAAUGUGGAAAGAGCUUUGCUCAGAAGGAAAAUCUGAAUUCCCAUAAAAGCAUCCACACAGGGGAAAAGCCAUAUAAAUGCAUGGAGUGUGGAAAGAGCUUUCGUACUAGGAGUGAACUUACUUCCCAUAACAGGAUCCACACAGGGGAGAAACCAUAUAAAUGCAUGGAGUGUAGAAAAUGCUUUACUACUAGCAGUACUCUUACUUCCCAUAACAGGAUCCACACGGGGGACAAGCCAUAUAAGUGCCUGGAGUGUGGAAAGAGCUUUCGUACUAGGGGUGAACUUACUUCCCAUAACAGGAUCCACACAGGGGAGAAACCAUAUAAGUGCCUGGAGUGUGGAAAGAGCUUUCGUACUAGGGGUGAACUUACUUCCCAUAACAGGAUCCACACAGGGGAGAAACCAUAUAAAUGCAUGGAGUGUGGAAAGAGCUUUCGUACUAGGAGUGAACUUACUUCCCAUAAAAGGAUCCAUUCAGGGGAGAAACUAUAUAAAUGCAUGGACUGUGGAAAGAGCUUCAGUCAUAGUUAUUCCCUUACUUACCAUAAUAGGAUCCAUACAGGGGAGAAACCAUAUAAAUGCAUGGAGUGUGGAAAGAGCUUUCGUACUAGGAGUGAACUUACUUCCCAUAAAAGGAUCCAUUCAGGGGAGAAACUAUAUAAAUGCAUGGACUGUGGAAAGAGCUUCAGUCAUAGUUAUUCCCUUACUUACCAUAAUAGGAUCCAUACAGGGGAGAAACCAUAUAAAUGCAUGGAGUGUGGAAAGAGCUUUCGUACUAGGAGUGAACUUACUUCCCAUAACAGGAUCCACACAGGGGAGAAUCCAUAAAUGUGUUGAGCAUGGAAAGACCUUCAGGAGGAGGAGUGACCUACUUUCCCAUACACAGAUCUGUUUGGGUGAGAAUCCAUGUAAAUUCUAGAUUCAGUUGGUUAAAUCUAUACAUUUUCUAUUUGUGUACACUGACCUGGCAAAGAAGAUUUCUUUGAGUAGGACCCUCACAACUGGCAGCCCAAGGGAAAUUAAUUUACCAAUGAAAAUAAAAAGGCUGUUUUAAUUAUGA